UAGUGCUGUGGCAUUUGGAAUAUGAGUGAUACGCGUGAACAGAUUUUGGAACAAAUCAAAUUACAAGGCGAUCUCGUGCGUCAGCUGAAAGCAUCGAAGGAGUCUAAAGAGAAGGUUUGAAAAUAGCAAAUGCAAAAAGUUGUUGCAAAGAGAGUUAAAAAAUAAUAAGAAAAGUAUUGAAAUCCAAAAAUGUUGCGUUCAAUUGGCCGCCAGUGGCGCUGUAGUGCUGCGUUACAGUGUCGUUGCCUUAAUUCUGAUCGCCGGCAGCAGCCGCUGGCGCCAUCUAGCGUCGAGCGCGCGUUAUCAACAUCGGUUGGACAACAACAAGUCAAAGCACAACAGCAACAACAACAACAAUUACAAGAACAACAACAACAAAUGCAUAAGAUCGAUGAGGAGGUGUCACGUCUGUUGGCCUUGAAGGCCAAACUCGGUGGCGAUGCGGCGCCAACGAAUCAAAAGUUCACCUUGAAGACGCCAAAAGGAACACGCGACUAUGCGCCACAACAGAUGACGUUGCGUCAAGGUGUGCUCGACAAGAUCAUCCAGGUGUUUAAGCGUCACGGCGGCGAGGCCAUCGAUACGCCCGUUUUUGAGCUCAAGGAGGUACUAACGGGCAAAUAUGGCGAGGACUCGAAGCUCAUUUAUGAUCUAAAAGAUCAGGGCGGCGAGAUAUUAUCGAUGCGUUAUGACUUGACCGUUCCCCUGGCUCGCUAUCUGGCCAUGAACAAGAUAUCCAGCAUUAAACGAUAUCACAUUGCCAAGGUCUAUCGGCGUGACAAUCCGGCGAUGACACGUGGUCGCUAUCGUGAGUUCUAUCAAUGUGAUUUCGAUAUUGCCGGCACCUAUGAUCCCAUGUUGGCGGAUGCCGAAUGCGUUAAGAUUGUUGCCGAAAUUCUCGAUACCCUUGAUAUUGGCGACUAUGUGAUUAAGCUGAAUCAUCGCCAGCUAUUGGAUGGCAUGUUUGAGGCAUGUGGCGUUCCCGCAAAGGACUUCCGUGCCAUCUGCUCUGCGGUCGACAAGUUGGACAAGUCACCGUGGGAGGAAGUGCGCAAGGAAAUGGUUGAUGAGAAGGGUCUGGAUGGCGACACGGCCGACAAGAUUGGCGAGUAUGUGCGUCUUAGCGGUGGCAAAGAGCUUGUUGAGCAGCUGCUGUCGGAUCCAAAGCUCAAGGCGGUACCCAAUGCUGUCAAGGGACUCGAGGGAAUGCAGCUGCUGCUCAACUACUGUGCUCUCUUUGGACUCGAGUCGCGCAUUAGCUUCGAUUUGAGUCUGGCCCGUGGCCUCGACUAUUAUACGGGUGUCAUCUACGAGGGUGUACUUAAGGCUGAGCCUGGCGCUGUCGGUUCACCCGUUAAAGCAUCGCCAGUGCUUGAGAAUGGAAAGGCAGUGACGGAACAGGGAAGUGGCGGUACCGUUGGAUCUGUCGCCGGCGGCGGACGCUAUGAUAAUUUGGUUGGCAUGUUCGAUCCACGCGGCAAGGCUGUCCCCUGUGUGGGUGUCUCCAUUGGCGUGGAGCGCAUCUUUGCGGUGCUGGAAGCCAAAUUUGCGGCCACCAAAGUCAAGUUGCGCACUAACGAUGUGGAGGUGUAUGUGGCAUCCGCUCACAAGGGUCUACACGAGCAGCGAUUACGCGUGCUCAAUCAGCUUUGGGAUGCAGGCAUUAAGGCGGAGCAUUCCUACAAACUGAAUCCCAAACUUCUGGCCCAAUUGCAACAUUGCGAGGAGCAUCAAAUACCUUUGGCCAUCGUCUUGGGCGAUGCCGAGUUGGCCCAAGGUGUGGUCAAGCUACGUGACGUGACCACGCGGCAGGAGUCCACCGUCCCGCUGGCGGAGCUGCCCAACGAGAUUCGUAGCCGUCUGAAGGAAUAGCUUACAACGCCCUACAGAUCUGGCCACUCCUCACAACGUCUGGAUAUUACAGCUACAUAUUGAUGAUUUUUUUUUUGCCUAAUUUAUCUGCGCAUCAAAUGUUUUUUUUUUAUUUUUUACUUAAUUUGUUUUUAUUUACGAUUUGUAUUUGUAUUUGCUCUCGCGUGGAGACACCAUGUGCUACUAUAUUAUAUGAACCUACCAUUAAAUAUAGGAAUAAGUUAUAGACAACUUAUACCAAAACUGGAGACUAAAAAUAAACUGCAACGCAAAAGCAUUCGCAUUCACAAACUUUAAGUAUAUUGAAAAAAAAGACGAAGAAAUAUGCGUUCUUAAGCUAA